CAGAGUGCAGUUCGCGUGGAGAGCUGAGGUGGCCCUUUUCGAAGGAAGACGGAAGAGUGAAGUUGUGGUUCUCCGGCAUCCAGCAAAGAAAAAUCAAAGGCACUUGGUUGCUUUCAUUGAAAAGUGUAAAAAUAUUUCGGACAAGAAAAGAAGAUGAAUCGCGUCGUUGCAUUUCUGCUUCUUUGUGUUGGCCUUUGUGCAGCGGAGAGCUGCACAGAUCCUGUCAUCACCCCGUCCUCCUACACCACCACGGAUGCUGUCAUUUCCUCGGAGUCCGUCUUCAUUGUGGAGCUCAGCCUAGCCUGUGCUAAUGGGGCCCAGAGUGUGGCUUUGUAUGCGGACGUCAAUGGAAAACAGUUUCCUGUGACUAGAGGCCAGGAUGUGGGGAAGUACCAGGUGUCCUGGAGUGUCCCCCACAAACAGGCCAGCUCUGGAACAUACCAAGUCAAGUUCUUUGAUGAGGAAUCUUACAGUGCUCUUCGCAAGGCCCAAAGGAACAAUGAGGAUGUGGACUCCAUCAAACCUCUCUUCUCUGUCAAUGUGGAUCACAGGGGUGCGUGGAACGGUCCCUGGGUCUCCACUGAGGUUCUGGCUGCAGUCAUCGGCAUCCUGGUCUACUACCUCGCCUUCAGCGCCAAGAGCACCAUUCAGGCGUGACCGUGACGACCGCACCCUGACCAGCUCGCAUAGACCCAGACGCCCACCUUACAUGACCGCACCCUGUCUGCACGGACCGCACCCUGUCCGCAGUGACCAGCUCGCACAGACCCAGACGCCCACCUUACAUGACCGCACCCUGUCCGCACGGACCGCACCCUGUCCGCAGUGACCAGCUCGCACAGACCCUGAAGCCCACCUUACAUGACCGCACAGACCACACCCUGUCCGCAGUGACCGGAUUUUGCAGACCCAGACUUAUACACUUAUACACCCUGACCGCAACUUGACCAGCUCACACAGAUUCCGACAUGUUUUCAGCGAGCGAUUGAAAAUCUGGUCAUGUACGGCAGUGGCAUUCACAGUAAUGCCAACCCUACCUGUAGGUUUUUCUUGUACCCAAACGUCAGCCAGGGGUUUCAGCUGCGGCUUUAGACCACAAAAACCUAGUGCAGCUGGAGUAGAUGUUUCAUAGCCUUGUGGUUAGAAGUCCAGGUUUGAAGUGGCCCACUAACUGGGGAAAAAGAAAUAACUGAUUCAUGAAAGACUUGUAUGCAUUAAGAUGUCAGGACAGUGAGCAUGUGCCAGCCUCCACAAUGGGACUGAUAUUUAAAAGUAUUUGGGAUUUAAGCCCCCCCCCCAGCUACGCUGCGGUUUAUUUAUACUGAGUCACAGACCGAGAUUGAGAGGAGAGUACUGGAAGAGGGGUGUGGAGGGGGUGGGUGGGGGGGAUAAAAUAAAAUCAAUAAAAUAAUUUUUUUAAUGAAAA